CCUUUCACGGAAAAGGAAAUGAGAAGGUCGGCUGAUUUUAAAAGGCACCGUCACUUCCACUCUCUCCGCCGCCUUCCUUCUCUGAGCGCGCGCUCUCCUCCCCCUCCAAAAGCCCGGGUUGAUCGUCCCUCUUCUUUGCUGCUCUCUCCAUUUUCUGUUCUCUUUUCUUCAUCCUUGGACUCACCCAUUUACGUUCGCAGUUAGAAACGGAGUUAGAAACCGCUGAUCCUUCUUUUCACAGAAAUAAUGGACCAAAGGAAGAUUGCACAUGCAGUAAGUGUGCCUUCCAACAGCUCUGUCUCUGCUAGAAACUUGCGCAAGAACGAUUUGGGGGGAGUCAUCUUUGGGUGCAAACACAGCACAAUAGCAGAGUGCCUCUCAAAGCAAUUAUUUGGCUUACCAUUCUCGCACUUCAGCUAUGUAAGAAAUAUUGAGGAAGGUCUUCCUCUAUUUCUGUUUAAUUAUAGUGAUCGGAAGCUGCAUGGCAUCUAUGAGGCUGCAAGUCGUGGGCAGUUGAAUGCCAACUCAUAUGCUUGGACUGAUGGUGGUGCCGAAAGGACACCCUUUCCUGCACAGGUUGCAAUCCACAUCAAAAUGCGCUACCAACCACUCCCUGAGGAUCAGUUCAAAAAAGUCCUUGCAGACAAUUAUUAUACACAUCGACACUUCUGGUUUGAGCUGGAUCAUGCACAAGCAAGAGCGCUGAUUGCAUUGUUCAAGUCUUCAUCUUAUCCUAUCAAUACCCGGCUCACUCCUGAUGUAUCAAACAAGACCAAGUUUUUAAUAUCAUUACCAGCCACCAGAGGGAGCACAACUGCAAAUAUGGAACGCACAUAUGCUAAGGUCUGUGAGUUGAAAAAGGAUUUGGAGUCAUCUGUUGAUAUGGUGAUUGAGAAUAAGUUCACAUCACUUGGUUGGGAUGAUGGAGAUCUUGAACCAGGUAGCUCAAGUAAGACAUCAUCUGGUGCUCCUGAUGAUAUGGAAAAUAAAGUGCCACAGCUAUUCUCUGUUUGGGAGGAAUGGGUAGAGAAAAAUGAGUUGGCAAAGGGCUCAGGUGCUAGCACUUAUUUGGAUGGAGGGAACCAAAUAUUGCAGGAACAACAGUCUGGUAAUGAGAAACUAGCACCUGACAUGGAAAUGGUGUUACUUAAGCUAAAGGAGCUGUCUGCUGAUCACCAGCCUUUAAAUUCAUCUGCCAAUGAAUGCAAUGCAGAUAGUGUGAUCCCAUAUGACCCUGUCCCUAUAGAAGUGCAUGAGAAUAAUGAACAGAUUGCUGAGGAUUGCCCAAUUUUGGAUGAGAAGGAAGAAACUGCAACUGCAACCAACCUUGUCCAAGGAAAUGCAGAGUUGAUGCAGGUUAUCAAAGAGCUGCAAGAAAGGACAACAAAUUUGGAGAAGAAGCAGGUCGAAUCAGAUACACAAAUGCACCAGUUAGGGGAUCUAGUUAAGGACUCGGGAAGAAAACUUCAAAUACUGAAGGACUGUGUAAAGGAGCUAGAAGCUAAGAGUGAUCCUUCUACUGUUGUUGAUGACUCUCUAAACAAAUUUGUUGAACAACGCUUGGGCUCAGAGGAUGUCAUAUAUCUAAUUGGGGGUUUUAAUGGCUUAUCCUGGUUAUCAGCAUUAGAUUCUUUUUCACCCUCACUGGACCUAUUAACACCCCUUAAACCAAUGAAUUCUGCUCGUUCUUAUGCUUCUGCCGUUGCAUUAGAUGGCAGCAUAUAUGUUUUCGGCGGUGGCGAUGGUCAUUUGUGGUAUAACACAGUUGAAUGCUACAACCCAAGGCUCGAUGGGUGGAGCUUAUGCCCCAAUUUGACUCAUGAGAAAGGAAGUCUAGGUGGAGCUACUUUAAAUGCCAAAAUAUAUGCUAUGGGUGGGGGAGAUGGAACUGAGAUUUUUUGUGAUGUUGAGAUGUUUGAUCCAGCUCUUGGAAAGUGGAUCAAUGACCAAUCAAUGCUUCAAAAGCGGUUUGCUCCUGCUGCAGCAGAACUUAAUGGUGUGCUUUAUACUGUUGGCGGAUUUGAUGGAAAAGAUUACUUGAAGUCAGCUGAAAGAUUUGACCCCCGUGAAGCCUUUUGGACAAACAUUGCUAGCAUGAGCACAAGGAGAGGCUUCCACUCAGCGGCAGUGUUCAAUGAGAAGCUAUAUGCAAUUGGGGGAUUUGAUGGCGAAGAGAUGGUCUCUAGCGUAGAAACAUAUGAUCCUCGUAUGCCCUCCUGGGUGAUGGCUGAGCCGAUGAGUUUCAGUAGAGGGCAUGCUGCUGCAGCUGUCCUCAGCGGUUCGUUGUUUGUGAUUGGUGGGAUUAAAGACGAAGAUAAUAUCUUGGACACUAUUGAAUGUUACAAAGAGCAAGGUGGCUGGAGUAAUUCUGGUCUGGGGGCUAUUGGAAGGAGGUGCUACUGCUCAGCCAUUGUUCUUUGAAUGUGGUCAUUAAUGUUGCUGCUGUUUUUUACUGUGUUCAUGACCUCGCUUGACUUAGAUAUCAGGAAAUGUUUUUGAAGUGGUCACUCAGCAUAUGCGCUGGAAAGCCUGGCACUUCUAACUAUUUGUUUUGCAUGACGCUUGACUUAGAUAUCAGGAAAUGUUUUUGAAGUGGUCACUCAGCAUAUGCACCGGAAAGC